AUGGAGUUUGUUUACAAAAUAGUUGACAUAGCUAAGAGAGCUUCAAACAACAAUACAGUGAUCAACGUUGGUUUGUUUUCGUCUUUUGCAUUACUGGGAGUGAGAUCUUGGAAUCAGCAGAAUACCGUUGAAGCUUUAGAAGCUGAGAAGGAAUCUCUAACCAAAUCCAAUAAGUCCAUUAGAAAGACUCUCUGGGAUUGGAAACAGCAGCUUUAUGCGGAAGCCGGAACUGAUUCGGCCCCUGUUCCUUUGGAAAGACUCCAAGCUAUUUAUGGAGAAGCCCCGCCACCUCAACAUUCUGCAUUUGGAGAUACUGCGAGCAAAGAUGCAAAUUUAUCUGCUCCAACCAAAAUGAUGAUCUGA